UGCUGGAGUCCACGCAGGCCGAGGUCUUGUGAUGCAUUCCGAGUGCCGCAUAUGUGUUGCUCUCUUAGACGCUCAAUGGCUGCUGACAAAGACUCCACAGCGCCUUUCUCUCUGCACGUGUACCACGUCUCGGAGGAACUGGGCUUCAUUUUACCAGAACCUAUGCAAGAACUUCCACCUUACUACCAACCAUGGAUGGACAUUGCCCAUCAAGUCCCAGAGCUUGUUCUGGCACAUGAAUUGCGCUCGCAUAUUGAGAAGAUGCCUCAACUGAGCAUCCAGUUCCUGCAGAGACAUAGGGAACUCCGGCUAGCCCACCUGGCCCUCGGUGUCAUGACCAUGGGAUAUGUUUGGCAGGAGGGUGAGAUCGACACAGUCAAGAUGCUGCCGCGCACUCUGGCUGUUCCAUACUGGGAGCUGUCCCGACGCUUAGGCCUGCCUCCAAUUCUCACCCAUGCUGACGCCGUGCUAGCGAACUGGCGCAAGAAGGAUCCAAAGGGGCCGUUAGACAUUGGGAACUUGGAGCUGCUGGUCAGUAUUCCUGGAGGUGAAAAUGUGCGAGGCUUCUUCAUCGUCACGCUAAUGGUGGAGCUCGCAGCGAUUCCUGCUCUGAAGAGCAUUCCUAAAGUGAUCAAUGGUGUCAGAUGUGCUGAUACUAAAGCUGUGGCCCAAGCCUUAGGAGACAUCAGCCAAUCUAUAGACAAAAUGGCCAAGUGCCUCAGACUACUGCAUGAACAUGUGGAUCCUGCUGUCUUCUAUGGCAUCAUGAGGAUCUUCUUAUCUGGAUGGAAAGACAACCCGUGUAUGCCAAAAGGUCUGGUUUACGAAGGAGUCCAAACAGAACCAAUGGAGUAUUCCGGAGGGAGUGCCGCGCAGAGCAGUUUACUGCACUGCUUCGACGAACUUCUGGGAGUCAAACACGAAGCUAAAAGUGGUGCCUUUCUAACAUGCAUGAGAAAUUACAUGUUACCUGCUCACAAGCAACUCAUCCGGGACAUCUCGUUGCAACCCUCCCUGAGAACGUUUGUGCAGCAACACGCCGACGAGGAGCUAAUUGAAGCCUUUCAGGAAUGCAUCACCAAAUUGUUGGCUUUGCGCACCAAUCACAUCACCGUCGUCACUCGCUUUAUCACAAUCCCCGCCGCUAAAGCCCGCCGACUACGGAACCAGAGCAAGGAGGCCGAAGCGCUGGAGACCGUCAGCAUGGCCCCCGUUGCGCUGGAGGAACGGGGCACCGGCGGCACCGGCAUCAUGAGCUUCUUAAAAACGGUGAGGAAUGAAACCAGAGACACUCUGCUGCCGGCAACGAGCAAAGCCACGACGCACAAUAGCUGAAGCAGUAAAUCACAAGGGAUUACUCAGCCUAUCAUUUUAUAUGUGAUUUGUAAUUCAUUUUUUAUUAAACAUAUAAACAUUUCAAAAUAAAGCGACAGAUUUUGAGGAAAAGAAAAAAAAAUGAAUAGUUAUCAUAGUUCAGAGCAGUUUUCAUGUUCUAA